UUGAACGGAAGCAAAAUAAUAAUUGGAAAAUUUAAACAUUUUAAAGAAAUAAUGGCUGAUGAUAUUGACAUUGAAGAGCAUGAUUUAAUGGAUAAUCCUGUAAUAAGAAACAUUUUUCCGGAUUUGUCUAUAUUGAAAAAGGAAGUUUUGGACGAGUAUAAUGACAUAUCAACAAUAGAAGAAACCUUAAAUAAAGAAGAGGAAAGUCUGAACUCUAAUUCAGAAAAUGAUAUUAAUUUUAUAUCUGUUCCAAAAGUAAAUGGAGAAUGGUCUGACCGAGAUAUGAUGUUAAGAUUUGGAAAAAAGAGAAAAGUAACUAAUGACAAAGUACCAGAUGUGGAUGAAUCAAGCACUGUGGCAAUUCAUAAAAAUAAGAUAAUAUUAGGAUCAAAGCCUAGUAGGGAACUCAUACAAACGAAUGUAGGAUGUAAUAGUGAUCCCAAAUUAAAUACUGCAACCGUUCUUUUGAAUAAUCUUAGACCUUUUUUAGAUAAUUGUAAUAAGUAUUGUGAAAUUUGUUUUAUUCUUUUUCCAAACAGUAAAGCUUUGGAUAGUCACAAGAAAUGUUUACAUUGUAGCUUAAGUACUGAAAAAAUUUCUACUGAUAUUCCUAAAAUGGAUCCAGAAAAACAAUCUGAAAAUAUAUGUUUGAAUAAACCUAAAUGUAAUAUAUGCCUUAAAACUUUUGCAUCUCGAUCAAGUCUAUAUAAACAUAAAAGAAAUAUUCAUUUUAUUCACGUUAAAAUACGAAGAGUUAAUAAAACGAAAAAUGUUGCAGUAAAAAUUGCUAGUGGUUAUAAGAACGAAAAAAUUUCCUUGAGUUCCAAUAAUUCUUGUUUCCAUUGUAAUAAAUUAUUUCCAAAUAUGCAAUCCCUUAUUGAGCAUUUAUAUGACACGCUUGAAACAAAACAGGACAAGAAGCAUUCAAAAUCCAAAAAGAACCUAGGAAUACAUAAAUCUCAUGUAAAGGAUAUUUUUUCCAAUUCAAAACUUCGUCAACAGAAAUUUGAAGCUGAGAAGGUUAGAAGAAAGAAAAUCUCUAGUAACAACCUUAAUAGUUAUGUUUACAGGUGUCCACUUUGUUCACAUUAUUUUAAUAAUGUAAAAUUUAGUUCAACACAUUUACUUAAAAAACAUAAAUUUACGAAAAAGACUCCAUUGAAAAAAGUUCUGUAUGAUCCAAAAUGCAAAUUUUGUUCAUCUGAAUUUGAGAGUGUUGUGUCUUACAAUAGGCAUUUACGUAAAGUACAUAAAAAUCUACUGACACGUGUAAUCAAAACCAAGUCUUCAAAUAAACCUUCAAAAGCAAGUGGUGUAAACAAAAUCAAUGGAAUGAAAAAUAAAAUAUCAUCUUCCAAAGGUGACGCAAUAUUGGAAGAAAUUCCUAAUGUAAGCCAAACUUCCACUAUAAACACAAACGAGUCUGCCUUAGGUGGAAUUUUAAAAUCCGUCUUGUUUAAGUGUAAUAAAUGUGAUAUUCAUUUUCUACAAUCACAAAUUGCAGUUAAUCAUUCUAAGCAUAUGGAAUUUUUGAUCAAUUGGAAAUGUUCCCUGUGUAACAGGAUUUUCAAGAAAAAUGAUGAAUUAUCUCAUAGACAACAACAUUUGGUCACAAAUAAUUUUACUGUAUAUGGCUUAUGUGAGUCUACACAAUCUUUAAUUUUAUACAAAUGCCUAAAAUGCACUGUGCACUUUGAUGAAAAUAUGUUUAUUCAACAUUUUCCAAUCUGUGAGACUACUGUUCCUAAUCACAUACAGUGUAAAUUUUGUGAUAUUUUAAUUGACUGUAGUCUUAAAAUUGAACAUGAUAAUGAACAUAGAAGCAAAUCUAUAAAUUAUAAGGAUUUUAAUGUUGUUCGAACAGAAGUCAUACAAAGUAAUAUCAUUGAUGAGAAUCUGUAUAAUAAUAAUAAGAGGCAAUUAAAAUCAAGAGUGACAGUGGAUUCUAAUUCUUAUGAAUCACAAAUAAAAAAUAAUAAUUUGGACUGCCUUUUUACGGUAUACUACUGUAAUACUUGCAAAUGUUUUGUUAAUGAUAGUACACUAUUAAUACAUAAAAAAUCUCAUUGCUCUCAUGUUGUACCAGCAACUUGUAAACUUUGUGGACUUAUAAUAACACAGACAAGUAUUUCUUCACAUGGAAGGCUGCAUCAGAGAAAAAAGAAUUUAACUUUACAAGAUUUCAAGUUUUAUGACCUGAAGAGUAGGAAGCGUAUAGCUCCUCCGAUACCCGAAUUUCCACAUUGCAGUAUUUGUGGUAUAUAUUUUGCUAAUCAAAUAGCUAAAAUAAGACAUGAAUGUGGUGUUGAUGAUUAUGUUACAUGCUCUGAUUGUGAGAUGAACUUUUCUGAGUUAGGGUACAAAUUGCACAUGAAUUAUCACAACUACCGAUUACAAUAUCAUAAUAUUAAUUCAAAACAUCUAUCACAAUCCAAAAGCGGGUCUAAAACCAAAGCUAAAAAUAUAGGUGAUAUAAAAUCAAAUUUAACCCGAAAAAUGCCAAGUUCCGAUCUAAAAGAAAUUGAGAGGUUUAUUAUUUAUACUUGUAAAAACUGCCAUAUUUCUGUAGAUGCUUACGAUUUGGUAGUAGAACAUUGUCAAAGGCACUAUAAUCCCUUAAAAAUACAAUCAUCUACGAAAAUAUGUAAACUAUGUGAUCUAAUAUUUGAUGUUGGGUGUUAUGAAGACCACGAAAAACUGCAUCUAUGUAACUUUAACAAAAAAGAUUUUAAAAUAAUUAAAUUUGACAUAUUUUAUUUUACAACCGAUUAUGAUGCGUGGAUGAAAAGAGUGUUUGAUUCUUUACCCCAGGAACAGAUGCAAAAUAUUAUUAACAAAUCAAUAUACAAAUAUGAGAAUAAAAUAAAAAUGAAAGUUAUUCAAGAAGCUUCUCCGGAAUUAACGGUUUAUAAGUGCGAUCAGUGCCGUUGUUUCAUCGACCCAUACUCGUUGUACAAACAUCUUGGAAAUAAUUGCUUAUCUCUUCGAAAACAUACUUGUAGAACUUGUGGAAUACCUUUUAUUUCAGCUACAUCUAAAGUGCAACAUGAGGCUAUACAUAAACGACCAUUCAAGGGGUUGAAAUCGUAUAGAAUAGUACUCUUUAACAGGGACGAGGACAAAAUGUUUAAUGAUGGUCUUAGUUCAGGAAAUUGGUUUACUUUAUACACAUGUAGAAACUGUGAAGGUGUUGUGGGCAAAACUGAAUAUAAACAUCACAUAUGUAAUAAAAACGACUUAAAAAAAUGCUCUUACUGCGGGUUACUACUAUAUAGUAAAGAGUAUAAUGCGCACAUUUCUAAACAUAAAGAAUUUGAAAGCUUUAACGCAAAGAAUAUAAAAGUAAUUUUGAUUGGCAGGAAAAUAGAAAACGAAGACUGCAAAAACUUAAAAGAUGAAAAUUUAGUGUCAUCGUUUAAUGGAAAAGUAUAUGAUUAUUCACUUUAUAAAUGCACAAAGUGCGAAAUAUGCAUGAGAUACGCCCGGGAUACUAUAAAGCACGAUUGUUCUUUUGGAAUUCCUAAAUCAAAAUGUUCUUACUGUGGGUUUUAUUUCGAAGCUAGAAAAUUAAAGCAUCAUUAUAUAUUACACGAAACAGAUUGUAAUUUUAUAACUGAGAAUAUAACCAUAAAUGAUUUUGAUAAUACUAAAUCUCAGAAAGGAAGCUUUGAUAUGGCAAUAACAUCUAAAUUAAAUAAGACUGAUAAAGACGAAAUAACUUGUAAUCCAUUUAAACGAGUUAAGGUUUUACCUUCUUCGCCCGCUAAUUUACAUAACAACAAAGAAUUAAAAGACUCUCCAAUAAUAGAAAAAACGGCAAAAUUAUAUAAAUGCUCCUGUGGUCUCCAUUUCUUGGAUAAUUCUGUUAAGGCACAUCUUAAUGUAUGUAGUGCAAAAAAUAGAAUUUCACGACAACAAUGCUCAAAAUGUGGUCUUACUUUUAGUCCUAAUGUGUUGUUUACUCAUAUGCUUUCCCAUCACGGAAAUAAGGCUGUAGUCUAUAAAUUUGAUAUAAUUGAUGUAUUGAAAGACGAAGAUAAACCGUAA